AUGCUUCUGCCAACUGUACAUCUGACGUUUGCUGUUUUCCUCCGGUAUCAACACGUAUUUGGGUUUAGAAUAAUAAGAAAUAAUUAAUAAAUAGGAACAAUGUCGCGCCCACAACAAGAUGUCGACGAGUUAUUUGAUAUUAAGAAUUUUUAUUACAUUGGUCACUACCAGCAAUGUAUAAAUGAAGCCCAAAAGCUUCGAAAGCCAUCCUCUCCGGAAAUCUCACUGGAACGUGACAUUUUUACCUACAGAGCAUAUAUGGCUCAACGGAAAUUUUUGGUUGUUAUGGAUGAAAUCAAAGCAUCAUCGCCUGAAGUUCUACAACCUCUAAAAAUGCUGGCUGAAUAUUUACACCAGAAGAACAAGCAUGAUGCAAUUCUCGCUGAACUAGAGAACUUGAUGAGUGGAAACAUUCCAGACAACAGUAAUCUUUUGCUAUUGGUUGCUGCAACAAUCUACAGUAUUGAAAAUAAUUAUGAAGCAGCCUAUAAAGUGCUACACAUUUCAGAAACCAUUGAGACAAUGGCAUUCUGUGUGGAUUUAUUAUUAAAGAUCAAUAGGCUGGAUGCAGCUAAGAAGAAACUAAAAGAAAUGCAAGAGUUGGAUGAAGAUGCAACUUUGACUCAGUUGGCUCAAGCAAGUGUUAAUGUUGCAAUUGGAGGUGAUAAAAUUCAAGAGGCAUUCUAUAUUUAUCAAGAGAUGAUUGACAAGUAUGGCUCAACUCCUCUACUUCUAAAUGGCCAAGCUGUUGCUUUAAUAGCACAAAGGAAACUAGAAGAAGCUGGAGUUGCUCUUCAAGAAGCUCUAGACAGAGAUCCUAAUCAUCCAGAUACUUUAGUAAAUUUGAUUGUGUUGUCAUAUCAAAGCGGAAAAGAGCCAGAGGUAGCGAAAAGAUAUUUGUCGCAACUGCGAGAUUCCAAUGCAGAUCAUCCAUAUAUCAGAGACAUGCAGAUCAAAGAAAAUGAUUUUGAACGUGUUUGUGGUCAGUAUACAUUCAGUAAACCUGUAUCGGUGUAAAACAGAACGUGUUUGGAUAUAAUUAAGGAAAAUAAUAUUGAUUAUGUGUCUAAUUUGCAAAUUAAAUAAUAUUAUAAUGUAUUAUAAUUUUAUAAUGAUUCAGUGAUCUUUAUUACUAGUGAUGACAGAAAUCAUUAAAUCUAGUUUGUUUUAUA